GGAGUUUGUCCCUGAGCAGCGAGCAAUUGUGUGGAAGUUGCAGUGUAAAGCAGAAGGGAGCGGACAGGUAGUGAAGAAGAAGAAGAAGAAGAAGAAGAAGAAGAAGAAGAAGAAGAAUGUUACAGAUCAGCUUCUGACCAAUCAUGUGAACUGGUUAAGCCAAAGGGAAAUGAAGCUUCCUCUCGAGUGGACUACACUGUGGUUUAUUUAAUUAACUGUGUGUACCGGAAAGCUUCAGUUUGGAGCCAGUCCUUGAAGACCCUACAGGACGCCGGAUUGUGACGGAAAGCGAUGGGUUCACAGGGUCUCAGACUGGCCUGGACCUGGCUUCCAGUUCUUCUGCUGGGAUUGACCUGCUCGUCGCAUGGUUCCCUCGUGAAAGUCAAUAAAGGUUUGAAAGUGAAUCGAGGUCAGUUGGCCUACCUCCAGGACGGUGACCUGCAGUUCCAUAUCCCGCGUCAGAAGGAUGCUUGCAAAGUGGAGGUGGUGUUAAAUGAGCCCAUAACUCAACGAGUUGGAAAACUCAUGCCUCAGGUAUUUGAUUGCCACUAUCUGGCUGAUGAGGUGAAGUAUGUACAUAAUGGCUGCCCAUUGUUAAAGGAGGACAAUAUGAAGCUGCGCCUGUACAGGUUCACAGAGACAGAGACACACAUGGAGGUGUUUUCCCUUCAUGUGGACAUUAUUGAACCUGAUUGCAGCAUCAUAAAGCUGGGGCCAAAGUUCUUGGAGGUUCCUGAGUUCUACAGCCUCUCUGAUGCUGUGGAUGGCAAUGUGGUGUCCUUUCACUAUGAGAAGAAGUCCAGCCUGGAGUGUACUGUCCAUAUAAGUAGCCAUGACAGCCAUCUGCCAGCCCACGGACUGCUGGUGACAGGAGAGCCAGAUAAGGCUACUGUAAGAGGGGAUGAGCCGGAGAGCUUCAUCCACCUACGCCAGCAGCUAGAUAAUAAAGCCAGAGCGAUGUGUAAAUCAGAUGGCUGCCUGAAGGGUUUGAAGCUGGUCAAAUUCACCAAAAUUCCAUGUGAUGACUUCCUGAUGAUGGGGCUGAGGUAUCAGCACAUAGAACCCCCAUCUCCAGAUGUGGACUACAUCGCAAUCAGACUGGACCUGAAGGACACCAGGAGUGGCAACAUAUAUCAGUCUGAACAGGCCUGGAUUCCAGUCGGGAUUGUUGGUGCGAUGCCCAACCAGCCUCCCAAACUGUCCUUCAUGUCCAUGUUUAUCCUGGAGGUGGACCAGUUCAUCCUCACUCCGCUCUCCACUGCUACACUCGACUCUGAGGAUGAGGAAACUCCCAAACAGCUUCUAGUUUUCAACAUCACCAAACCGCCUGCGGAAGGGUUCAUCACCCAUCUGUCCGAUCAUACUCGCCCAAUCUCCUCCUUCACAUGGCUCGAUCUCAACGACAUGCUCAUUGGGUAUCAACCUCCCAAUUCCUCACUUACCCAACGCAGGAAUUAUGAGGUGGAAUUGGAGGUUCACGAUUUUUUCUUUGAGAAGAGCCAAUCCAUGACGGUUCACAUGUCUGUUAGGAAUGCAGAUACAAAUGCACCCAGAGUGUCAUGGAACAUGGGCCUCAGUCUUUUGGAGGGUCAGUCUCGACCAAUAAUGUGGGAGCAGUUCCAGAUUGUGGACAACGAUAACAUAAAUGCUGUUCGUAUCAUCACUGUGGAUGGCCUGCAGCAUGGACGACUCACUGUCAGAGGGGGAAAGGGCUUCACGUUCACUGUCAAUGACCUCAAAGCGGGCGUGGUCCGCUAUCAUCACGACGACAGCGAUUCCACCAAAGACUUCAUUGUCUUCCGCAUCACUGACGGCCUCCAUCAGACCCGACACAAGUUCCCGAUCAAGAUCCUGCCGAAGGAUGACAGCCCUCCGUUCCUCAUCACCAACAUGCUCCUAGAGGUGUCUGAGGGCCAGCUGGCUCUGCUCAGAGGCUCCACCCUCCAGGCCUCAGACAUGGACUCCAGCGACGACUACAUCCUCUUCAACAUCACCCGUCCUCCACAGGCAGGAGAAGUCAUGAAAAUGCCACCAACAGGGCUCACAGGUUAUCCUGUCAGCCACUUCCUGCAGAAAGACCUGUCUCAGUCCAUGGUCUACUAUCGUCACCUAGGAAACGAGGUGUUUGAUGACUCCUUUGAGGUGGUGCUGUCAGAUUUCAAUGACCCCCCCAACCUAUCAGAGCCUCAAGUGGUGAUGGUGCACAUAGAGCCUGUUCCAGACCAACCACCCAAAGAGGUUCCUGGUUCCAGUCGGUGUCUUGUGAUCAAAGAAACAGACGUGGUCCAUAUAACCCGGCAGCAGCUGCACUUUGUAGACCAGGAGUCCCCAGACAGUGAGCUCACAUUUACGGUUACAACUUCGCCUUUCUUCACUGGUCCUCACAGCAGUCCAGAUGCUGGGAGGCUGUUUUUAGUCGACAGUAUGCCCAAAUUCUCCAAAGACUCCAACGCCCCAGUCCUGAGGCUCUUCACACAGCAUGCAGUGAACUUCAUGAAAGUUGCUUACAUGCCUCCAGUCAUGGACAUUGGCCCUUACCCUCAGUAUAUUCAAUUUGUUCUCUCCGUAACCAACCACCUGGGCAAAACAGUCACUGGGAUCUGCUUUAACAUCACUGUGGUGCCAGUAGACAACCAGCCACCACAGGUUAUUACCAACCCUCUGUCAGUAGACGAAGGAGGGGAUGACUUGAUCGGCCCUGACCAUCUGCAGCUGUCAGACGUGGACUCCAUGGAAGAAGCCCUGCAGGUGGUGCUUCAGAGGGAGCCGCAUCACGGAGCGCUGCAGCUAGGGGGCCUCCCACUGAAACCAGGCAACGCUUUCACCGUGCAACACCUGAAAAGCCUUAAAGUGAGGUACAAGCACGACAGCUCAGAAACUUUAGAGGACAACCUUGAAUUCAUUGCAACAGAUGGCACCAACUCAGUCAGCUUUGUCCUGCAAGUGAAGGUGAUGCCUAUCAAUGAUGAAGUCCCAGUGUUGGUUGCUGGUUUGAAACCUGUUCUCAGCUGUGCUGAGGGACAGGAAGUGGUCAUCACAGCUGAGUAUAUCUACGCUGCUGAUGCUGACAGUGACAACAGCAGCCUGGCCUUCCUGAUCGCCCGGCAGCCGUAUCAUGGUGUGGUUCUGCGGAGCUCAGUGGUGGUUGAUCGCUUCCUACAGGCAGACAUCACUGCAGGGGUCAUCAGCUACAGACACACAGGACUGGAGAUUGGACUCACUCCUCGGCAUGACACCGUCAUCUUUGUUGUUUCUGACGGAGAAACAGAGACCUCGUAUCCAUGUUGCGCUGCAGAACCCUCCCCUAUGACCAGAGACUUGCCUCAGCUACGACCCAGUCUGCCUGUGUACGAUCUCAAGAUCACUGUGUUUCCAGUCGACAGCCAAACCCCUUCCCUAACAACAGGAUACAUCUUUUCUGUGGAUGAGGGCGGGUCUGCCCCUAUCACUACGUCUCAUCUGAAGGCCUCUGAUGUGGACACUGUUCUGGACCAACUGGUGCUCAGUCUGAUUUCUCCCCCCCAGUUUGGCUACAUUGAAAAUGUCCUGCCUAGUCCUGGCUUUGAGAAGAGCAACACAGGCAUAAGCAUAGCUUCCUUUUCUUACAAAGAUAUCCUAGACGGUCAUAUUAACUAUGUCCAGUCCAGGCAUCAGAGGAUGGAGCCCACAGCCGACCAGUUCAUGCUCUGUAUAUCAGACGGAAAACACACCUCUGCCCACGUCCCUUUCUACAUCAUCAUCACCCCCACUAACGAUGAGAUCCCACAGUUUGUGGCUCGGAACAUCACAGUACGAGAAGGAGAAAUGAAGCAGUUGGACGCGUCAGUUCUACAUGCGUUGGAUCUGGAUGUCCCUAAGGACAGCCUGCUCUUCAGUUUAGUCAAACCACCCCACCACGGCAGCAUCAUCACCCACAGCAGUGAGUGGAAGAACCACAAGAGACAAGAAGCCGCUCAUCCGCCCCUUGUGGAGGACUUCUCCAUGAGAGAGCUUUCUAAUGGUAUGGAUCUGAUGUACAUGCACGACGACUCGGAGAGCAUGGAGGACAGUUUCACCAUCCAGCUGACGGACGGCAGGCAUCAGCUCCAAAGACGAGUGACGGUGACAGUGCUGCCAGUCAACGAUGAGGAGCCUCGUGUCAUCCGGAACAACGGGCUGGAGGUGGAGCCAGGAGAGAGCAGGCUUAUCUCUAGUGUCACACUGUUGGCUCAGGACGAUGACACCCCUCAUGCUGAGGUCAUGUACAUGCUGGAAAGUGUUCCCACCCAGGGACUGCUUCAGCUAAAGGAAGGUCAGGACUGGGUGACCCUGAGUGCAGGGAGAAACUGCAGCCAGGAGAUGGUGGACAUGAACCUCCUGCACUACGUGCACACCGGCCUGCACGGAGCUCACACACAGGACUUCUUUGUCUUCUACUUGUUGGAUGGGAAUAAUCAAUCACCCCUACAGCACUUUCACAUCUCUGUUAAAGAUCUGGAGAAAGGGAAUAUUGCAAUGUUUGUGAAGCCCUUGAAGGUCAGCCGUGGAGACAGAGUGGUUCUCACCACAGAUGUGCUGUUAGCCACAGACGGCACAGAGAAGCCAGAGGAGCUUCAAUACAUCAUCACCCAUCCCCCGACUUACGGACACAUUGAGUACAUCAAACACCCUGGACUGACGAUCUCCACCUUCAGCCAGAUGGAUAUAGCAGCCAACCUUGUGGCUUAUGUGCAUGACAACCGAGCAACCACACCCAGAGAAAGUUUUCGGUUUGUUGUGAGUAACGGUAGAACCAGCCGGAAUGGAAGCUUUGAGAUGGCGGUGGAGAUGGUGGAUCGCAUCCUGCCGUCUCUGUCCUCAAACAAAGGCAUCACAGCUCCACAAGGCUCCUCCAUGAUCCUGGGCCCAGACUGCCUGGUCCUGUCCGACCCCGACACUCCCCCCAGCGCCCUGACCUUUGUCCUGGUUCAGGCUCCACAGUACGGCAGGCUGCUGUUAGCUGGUACCACUCUGACUGCAGGCUCAAACUUCACCCAGAGAGACAUACACGAGAUGGAGGUGACAUAUAAACACGACGGGGGUGCAUCACAAAUCGACCGGUUUGCUUUUACCGCCUCUGACACCACCAGACGGGGUUUCCUGCUGGAGGGGAAGCUACACACUGAACCCGUGUUCUUCACUAUUCAGAUCAAGCCUUUGGACAACUCUUAUCCCGAGGUUGUGAAGCUGAUCCCUCUUUGGAAAGUCGAGCCUCUUGGCAACGGACGACAUGGGAUCUUUGUGUCAUCUCGUGAGCUGAAGGCCCAGGACAGCGACAGCAGAGAAGAUGAGCUGAUAUUCAGCAUUGUUCGCCAGCCGUACUUUGGAUACCUCGAAAACAUGACUACAGGGGGUUUUGUACCAUAUCGCUUCUCUCAGAUGGAGCUGAAUAAAAGGACUAUUGCCUACAUCAUCAACCCUGACAGGGAGUCCCUCGCAGACAGUCUGGAGUUCACCGUGUCCGAUCCUUUAGGGAACACUGGGCCCCCUCACAUGCUGAAGUUGAGCUGGUCCACUGUGGAGUUGUCUCAGCCUGAGUACUCUGUCAGUGAGGAGCACAGAACUCUGUCUGUGGACAUCAUCCGGAAAGGAAACCUGGCAGAGUCUUCAUAUAUCACUGUCAAGGUGAAGGAAGUGAGUGCAACAGCUGGGAAAGACUUCCUCAUAAGCCCCUCUUCCCUCAUUCAGUUUGAUCCAGGAGUAUCAAAGAGGAGCUGGCAGACUGAGAUUAUUCAGGACCAGCUGGAAGAGGCUGUGGAGAUAUUUGAAGUGCUGCUGAUCUCUCCUGAAGGCACGGUGAUCGGCAACAUCAGCAAGGCUCAGGUCAAAAUUAGAGACUCGGGAAGAGGACAGAACUGGCUGAACCAGGAUCCAAAGGCUCCUGUUCUGGUAGGAAAAGAGAUUCGGUCAGACUCCUACCCCCAGCAUGGAUCCAUUCAUCUAGAGAAACUGCCCCUUGGAACACAAUCAAUAAUCUGGGGCCGUGGAGACCGUUUGUCCAGGCCUGCUGCAGAUCUCCCAAAAAAGAAACUCAAAGUUCUUGGCAAUCCAAAAUCUAUUGCCCCAUCAUCAGUCUUACACAACGGGACGGACACUGUUUACACGUAUCAUGGCAUCAUGCAAAUGCAAGUAGAGGACGACAACACUCCGUCAAGGAAGGGAAGAAAGGCAAACAUUCGUGUGGUUAGCAGAGGAGCACAGCAGCAGGUGCUAGCUGUGUUUAAUAAAUCAAAAUCAAGUCCUAAAAGAAAGAUCUCUAAACCUCAAAAAACAGCACCAGCUGAAGGACUGGCUACAGCUGAUAUCUCUGUACCCAAACCCUGUGUACCAGAACUGAUUGGACUCUUGCAUUUCAACCAGACCAUCAAUCAGCUGUUUCACUGCAACGGUGUCUCCUGGAAACCCUGGGCACCAAAUGAUCAGAUGGUGAGUGGUCAGAAGUGUCCUCAGGGCUGGACCUGUCACAGUGGCCACUGUUACACCCUCCGCACUGAGCACAAGGUCACAUGGAGCGCAGCUAACAAGGCAUGCAGGGAGAGAUAUAAAGGCACUCUAGCAAGCGUUCUCUCUAAAGGGGACAUGGACUGGCUGUGGGACUUCGGAGGAAGAAAACCAUUUUGGAUUGGCCUGAAUGACAGGGAAGGCCGAGGGCGCUGGGAGUGGGUGGGGGGUGAGCCGGUCAGCUACACUAACUGGAGAAAGAAACCCCCUCGGUCAAAAAUGAAGGGAAGCAAACAGUGCAUCCUGGUGUGGAGAAGGGCGAAGUGGCAAAUCAGGGACUGCAAGACUGGCCGAGGGCAUCACUUUGUGUGUUCCAUAAGGACUUGAACCAGCAGUGUGUGCAGCAUCACAGCUAUGAGCCACUGUGGUGUUCCAGAAGGGGGAAUCCUGACCCUCGGGACAUUUAAACUGCAAUACCAGAGGAACUCUCCUUGAAAUGUUCAUAUCAUUUAUUAUAAGUGACAUUACUGUUUGAUGAGUAAUCUGCUACACUAAGAGACAUUGUUUGCACGCCAUUUAUUCAAAUUAACCACUGAAAGUGUUGUUGUAAACAGUAUGAAAAGCUCACAAGAGGUUUGUUUUAAAUGUAUUUAGUAUAUUUUCCAGACUUGCUGACUCCAAAAUAUAAGUGUCUGCUGUGGGAACAGAGAAAACACAAUACAGACAUGGACAAAACAUC